GCCUACGCGUGCUUUCACGCACUCAGUCAUUGCUGCCUCAGUCCACAGUGGACAGUGCCUCGCCCCUCAUUGCCUCCCUCCGACCUCCGUUAGUCCGUUUCUCGCCGUCAGCUUCUGUCUCUCUCCGGCUGUGCCGUCCCUCCUCACCGCUCACAGGCUCGCCGAGUCGUCAUCUCUGAUUUCACGGCGGACCCCGAAGUGGCGUCUCACCAGAUCAGAAUCAUAUCAACGCCAAAGUCUUCCUCUCCCGUGGUUUUGCGGUUCGGCGGCGGCGGCGGUCUUUACAGCGCUUGAGGCUCGCACCUUAGCUUCCUCUUAUCCGCGACGAUCUCCUUCAUCUGUGGCUGAGUCGAAUCGCCACCGGUCACGUCGUCCCUUGCCUGUUAAUCGGAGUAUUGUUAGACUGAUUCUGGAUUUCUAUUGGGAGUUCAGAAGGAUUAUGUUUUGUAUCUGCAUGGUCCUCAUAUUGGGUUGAAAUCUUGUGCAAGCACUCUUUUAAGAAUACAAAAUUCAGCACUUUUGGGUUUCUGCAUUGAUACAAAAUUCAGUACUUUUGGGUUUCUCCAUUAAGUUUCCCUCUUUCACUCUUAUCUUCUGGUAUGGGAAAACAGAAACUAAGCUCUAAAGGUGUUCAAAAUUCUGGUUGCACAAAAGCAACUCUAUGGUGGUUCUAUCUUGUAGCUGCCUGCAUAAAAGUUCUACUUUUCCCAUCCUACAGCAGUACAGACUUUGAGGUGCACCGCAAUUGGCUGGCUGUGACUCACUCUCUGCCUCUUUCCCAAUGGUAUUUUGAUGAGACCAGUCCAUGGACACUUGAUUAUCCACCGUUCUUUGCUCAUUUCGAACACUUCCUAUCCAUGUUUGCCCACCUCAUUGAUCCCAAAAUAGUGCACCUUCAGGAGGGCCUGAAUUAUAGUGCAAACACAGUUGUCUAUUUCCAAAGAGGGACAGUAAUACUUUCUGAUCUGUGCCUUCUCUAUGGGGUUUACAGACUUACUCGGAAUCUGGAUUCAAGAAAACAAAAGCUGAUUUGGUUAUCAGCUAUUUGGUCUCCAAUGCUUUUUAUUGUGGACCAUGUGCAUUUCCAGUACAAUGGAUUUCUCAUUGGGAUUUUGUUGAUUUCACUCUCAUAUUUGGAGGAAGGGAGGGAUUUGUUAGGAGGGUUUUUUUUCGCUGUCCUCUUGUGCUUAAAACAUUUAUUUGCAGUGGCAGCACCUGUUUAUUUUGUUUAUUUGUUGAGGCACUACUGUCGGGGUGGAAUAGGGAGAGGCUUCACUCGACUUUUGAUUAUGGGAGGUAUGGUUGCAGCAGUGUUUGCAGCUGCAUUUGGUCCAUUUUUCCACCUUGGACAGAUACAACAAGUCAUUCGACGAUUAUUUCCAUUUGGCAGGGGACUUUGCCAUGCAUAUUGGGCCCCAAAUUUUUGGGUGUUCUAUAUCAUGUCUGACAAAGGGCUUGCUUUCAUACUCAGAAGACUAGGGUUUAAUGUCCAGACACCAACUGCUACGUUUACUGCUGGAUUAGUGGGGGAUUCCUCCCCUUUUUCUGUACUACCUCAGGUCACCCCAUUAGUGACCUUUAUGAUGGUUCUACUGGCCUUAUCUCCAUGUCUUCUCAAAGCUUGGAAAGAUCCAAAACCCCAGAUGAUUAGUAGAUGGGUAGCCUAUGCUUAUACCUGUGGUUUUCUCUUCGGGUGGCAUGUGCAUGAGAAGGCAUCAUUACAUUUUGUAAUACCGCUUGCCAUUGUAGCAGUACAAACCUUGGAAGAUGCCAAACAUUACUUUUUGCUGUCAAUAGUGUCUUGCUAUUCACUAUUUCCACUACUAUUUGAGGCACAAGAGUAUCCUAUCAAAAUUCUUUUGCUGCUGCUUCACUCGAUUUUAAUGUGGUCUGGCUUCUCCGCGCAAUUUCCUGAUGGUGCUGAAACAGCAAGAGCACCAACUGGUCAUCAUACCGAGAAAAAGGUGGAUCAACGUAAGUCCAAUGGUGGUUUUGUUAUUGGCUGGAUUGAGAGGAUGUAUUUGAUUGGUCUUGUAAUUGUAGAGAUAUGGGGUCAAUUUUUACACCCUUUGCUUCUGGGUGACAAGCUUGCUUUCGCUCCCCUUAUGUUGAUCUCUAUAUACUGUGCUUUGGGGAUCAUGUAUUCUUGGAUUUGGCAGUUAACAUUCAUAGUUAAAUCUCCCUGAAAUUUUGGACUGAUUGGACUUUGAAUCAAUACAGCUUUUCUUUUUAUAGUAAA